CCUCAGGCCAUCGCUGCUCCCCCGGGGCCUUGCCUCCGUGAAGUGUCACAAUGUCUGACCGGAAGGCAGUGAUCAAGAACGCAGACAUGUCUGAGGACAUGCAACAGGAUGCUGUUGACUGCGCCACGCAGGCUAUGGAGAAAUACAACAUUGAAAAGGACAUUGCUGCCUACAUCAAGAAGGAAUUCGACAAGAAAUAUAAUCCUACCUGGCAUUGUAUUGUGGGCCGAAAUUUUGGCAGCUACGUCACACAUGAGACAAAGCACUUCAUCUAUUUUUACUUGGGUCAAGUUGCAAUCCUCCUCUUCAAGUCAGGCUAGGUGGCCGCAGUGAUGGUGUCAGUGGCGGCGGCAGCGAUGGCAAGCAGGCGGCGUUGCUGGGACUGUUUUGCACUGGGGCCAGCAUCAGGAUGUCCUCUCCAAUGGCUGUGCUACUGCAUGGACUGUAUACUCGAUUUCAUGUGUAUGUCGCAGUAAACAAAACCAAACUUCUUUCUGUUUAGUUGCCUGGGGAAGAAGGCUGCUUUGUUUAUUUUUCAAGACUUAAAAAAAAUUAUUUUGGUUGUGUUGCACUAGGAAAUCUCCCAUCCCUCCCUUUUUUCUUUCUCUCCCUGUACAAAAUAAAAAGCCCUUAACAAAGCCCACAAGACUAGGAGGGCUGAGGAAAAGAAAUAGGUUUCUGGAGGUGGAGCUAAAACUGUGCAGCUGUGUCUUCCUGGUGGUGGAUGCUGCUUUGGGGAGGGCAAGAUAGGCUGUGGGGGACAGUAUUAGGACCCACAAGGAGAGAGAGAUGGGGAGGUGGGUGGGGGUAUUGAUCUAGUACCAGGGAGAAUAUUCCACUGAACUGUGAUUCCACGGCUUAGGGCAGAGAGGGUGGGAUGGGCGGGUGGAUUCUUUAAGGGGCCCUGAGACGUGUUUGUCUGUGGUGUGUGGGAGUGGGGAGCAGACUUGUCUAGCUGUCUUUGUCAGAAGAGUUUCUAAGUAAGGGCUGUGUCUUUGUGGGUUAAUUUUUUAUUCUUCCUGCCAGAGCUUAUGCAAGGAGGAUUUUGGGGGGUAGGAUUAGUUUUAUUUUUUUUUUUUCCUUCUCUCCUUCUGUCUGCUCCCUGCUUAGCCCUCGGUUUUCUCAUUCCUCUGGAGUUCUCUUAGAGCAGCCCAUUAGUUAGCUGACAAGGGAAUUUCUGGUGACUAGUUCCUUAGUUAGAUGUUAGCAAUCAAACCAAAUCAAUGUCUCCCUUAAUUCUCCUCUGUGUGUGUGUGUGGCGUGUGUGUGUUACUAUGUAUGUUUGGGUUAGAUGGGAGGGUGGGGCAGGACAGUAUGGAAUCUCUAUAGAGUGUGUGGGUAGAUAGGAUACACACUUAGCUCUAAGUGGGCCUUGAUGUUUAAAAACCUAGGAGUAGCUAUUUUGAGGGUGAAAACAGUUAUCAUUCCCCCCAACCAUUUGGCCCAGACAUUCUGCUUGCCCUGUGGUUGUCUGUUCUUGGGAAAGCUUUAGGAGGAUAGCCUACAAUGAGAUGACCGUGAUGCCAUCUGUCCUGGAGCUGAGUCUUAGUGGAGAGGGCAAGUGACAGUGGAUGGUUUCAGCUUCUUGUAAGAGAUAAGUAUGGAAGUGGUAAAGGCUUAUGAAGGGGAACUAAGGAUUAAAAUGAUAAAGAGUUAUAGGGGGCUUCGGGGGAACUUGGGAGGCAAUAAGUCUUGAAUGAUAGUCAGAUAUCAGGAGAUGGAGCAGGGUAGCUAGUGGGAGGAGAUUCUGAGGAAAGUGCUGGGGAAAUCUUAUGUGUUGAUCAAAUGGGUAAGGUAAGGGUGGGGGGAGUCAUUGCUGACCUAGCUGCUGAUUCUUGUAAAUCACAUUCAAAAUUCUCGUGUUGAUAACUAUGGGUGGGUGGGGGUUGGGAUCCAGCGCAUUCUUUCUUUUCCAAGUCCAUCCUUGGGACUGGUGGGGAGGCAGGAGAAUGUGUGGCAAGUUUUCUUUUUGAUGUUGAUAGGUGGGUGGGGACUGGGAUGGUGAAUGUGUUCCCUAUAUCAAACACUUCAGUGGGCACAAGAUCGAUAGCUUGAUUUUAGGUUUAUUUUUUUAAUGAAUGUCCAAAUCUGUGUUUUCCCCUGCCCUCCCAGAUUUGUGUGGCCAGUUGGAAAUGUCUGGUUUGUGUUCAUUUCUCCUUCAUUUCUGGAGCAGGGGCUGAGACCCCUCCACAUUUCCUAUGCUCUGCAUCCAUGCCUCUUUUGGACAUUAAAGGUCGAUUGAUGCACUUCUGA